UUUUUUAAUUAAAAAAAAAAAAGAACUCUUGACAUAUAGAAAGGGGCUCUGCCAAGAGUUGGGAUAUCUCUACUCUUCUUUAGGAAAGACUAGCUCUGUAUAUUCUUCUUUUUUACCCUGCCUUCUCCCUACUAUCUCUUAAUUCUGGCCUUUUCCUGGAUUUUCUGUGAAAAGGCACUGAGAGAGUGCUGCUUUCUUCUGCUCAUGUAGUAGUAAUUUUUGACAUGAGAUACUCUCUUUCAUCAUUUGUCAAGAUCAUGAGUUCCAGCCCUUUGAAAAUCUGAUAGUUUUCAGUUUUACUGUUAAAAUAUGACCAUCUCUGAAGAAGUCAAAAUCCACUGAAGAUAAAAAAGUAUCCAAAAGGUUGAAGAUUUAGUGCAUGUUUGAUGAUCAGCUGGAACUUAGUAUUUAUAAAACCUUUGGAUUCCAAGCUUCCAACUGCACUUACACAAGGUACAACAAUGGAUCUUUUCAUAGUUCUGGUGAUUUAUCUUUCUUGUUUGAUUCUUUUUUUUCUCUGGAAUCAAAACUGUGCCAAAGGGAAGCUACCACCUGGCCCCACUCCUCUGCCAAUCGUUGGAAAUAUUUUGCAGAUAAAUACUAAUAAUGUAAGCAAAUCCAUAAGCAAGCUAGCAGAGAGUUACGGCCCUGUGUUCACUGUGUACUUUGGCAUCAAGCCCACUGUGGUGAUAUACGGAUAUGAAGCAGUAAAAGAAGCUCUAAUUGAUCAGAGUGAGGUGUUUUCUGGCAGAGGCCCUUUCCCAGUGCUGGACAAAUUUGUCCAGGGAUUAGGAAUUGUUUUCAGCAAUGGAGAGCAGUGGAAGCAAGUCCGGCGUUUCUCCUUCAUGGUUUUGCGAAAUAUGGGCGUGGGGAAGAAGAGUAUUGAAGACAGAAUUCAAGAGGAGGCCUUGUAUCUGGUGGAAGCAUUAAGAAAAACCAAUGCAUCUCCCUGUGAUCCUACUUUCCUUCUGGGCUGUGCUCCCUGCAAUGUGAUCUGCUCCGUUGUUUUCCAGAAUCGUUUUGAGUAUGAUGAUGAGAAAUUUUCAAUCUUGAUAAAUUAUUUUCAUGAAAACCUCCUAAUUUCAAGCAACUCCUGGAUACAGCUCUGCAAUGCUUUUCCUCUUUUAAUACACUUUCCAGGAUGUCACAAUGUGUUACUUAAAAACAUUGCUAACCAAUGUAAGUUUAUUGUGGAAAAAAUAAAAGAACACCAAGAAUCCCUGGACCUCAGUAACCCUCGAGACUUUAUUGACUACUUCCUGAUCAAAAUAGAAAAGGAAAAACACAAUAAACAGUCUGAAUUUACCAUGGACAACUUGAUCUUUACUGUCUGGGAUGUGAUUAGUGCAGGAACAGAGACAACGAGCACCACCCUGAGGUAUGGACUCCUGCUCCUGCUGAAGCACCCAGAGGUCACAGGUAUGGUCACAGCUAAAGUCCAGGAAGAGAUUGACCGUGUGGUUGGCAGACACCGGAGCCCCUGCAUGCAGGACAGGAGCCACAUGCCUUACACAGAUGCUGUGGUACAUGAGAUCCAGAGAUUCAUUGACCUCGUCCCCAACAGUCUGCCCCAUUCAGUGACUCAGGACACUAAGUUCAGAGGAUACCUCAUUCCCAAGGGCACAACCAUAUUAACAUCUCUGACUUCUGUCCUGUAUGAUGACAAAGAGUUUCCCAACCCAGAUCAGUUUGAUCCUGGCCACUUCCUGGAUGAAAGUGGCAACUUUAAGAAGAGUGACUACUUCCUGGCUUUUUCAGCAGGAAAGAGAGUUUGUAUUGGAGAAGGCCUGGCCCGCAUGGAGCUGUUUUUACUACUGACCAACAUUUUACAGCAUUUUACGUUGAAAUCUGUGGUUGAUCCAAAGGACCUUGAAACUGCCCCAAUUGUCAAUGGGGUGGGUGCUGCACCGCCCGUAUAUAAGCUGUGCUUCAUUCCAGUCUGAAGAAAGGUCAGGCCUCAUGUGAACAAGCCAGAUGCUUUCUGUCCUGUGUGUUAGCUGGAUGACAUUCCUGACCCUGUCUCUUCUAAUUUUCCUCAUCCUUUCAGAUUCAGUUCAGAUUUCCCCACAUGGAACAAAAACUCACUUUCCAAUAAAAUUCUUUUUGUAAUUGUGAGAUCUUAAGCUGUAUCUCAUCUGCAGUGUAUACCAAAUGUAAGAGACUUCAAAAUGUCAUAUUGAAUAUUAAAAAUUAUCCUGAGUUAAAAAAGUUUUUUAAAUAUAUAAAAUUUGCUCGUCUCUUACUCCAGUUAGCUCUCCAGGGGAAUAAUCUUUUGAUAGUUUGGCAUGUACAAUUUGUUUUUUUCCCAAUAAUUAUUAAAAAAUAAUUGGGGGGGGGGCACCUG